UGGAUAGUUUCCAGUUUCAAGGUGGCUCUACUUCCAAGCUGACCUCUUUAGCAAUAUCUGGAAAACAGAUUAUGUGUGAAAUUCCCACACCCACUUGUACUGAAUUACUGGAAAGCACGAAGGUCACUAUACAUGAUGUGAUUAUGUAUUGCUUUGAACUGCUGCAGGUAAGUUAACAAAUUUCUCGACACAUGGCAGUGAUAAUAAACCUGAUUCUGAUAUACCGUAUGCUGCCUGACCUGAGUACCUACAGCAUUUUGAUUGUGUUGCAUUGGCAAGUUGCAGUCAUGCAUCUUGUAGAAAGUCAGUGGAUUACACUGCAGCCAUGCUGCACCAGUGUUGGAGGAAACAAACAUGAAGAUUGGUGGCAUGAGGGCCAACCAAGUCUGCUUCCUUUUCCUGCCUGACAGCAAAGUGUUGUUAAAGUUGCACUCCAGAGAGGAAGAUAGAUACUUUAUGAUCCCAAAGGAAAUGACAGUGUCACAGUAGCAUUACAAGUGCACAGAUAUACAAAUAUAUGAAUAUUAGAAGAGCAGUAAGAUGAACAAAAAGUAAGUCACCUGAAACAGCCUAACAAGAGGGGAUCAUCACUUCCCCAGCUACAGGUUGACUCAUUUUAGCGCCUAAUGACUAAGGGCAUGAAUAACCUCAUACUGCGCUUUUUGGCGCAGCACUGUAGUCUAUUACUAAAAAUGUACCCCUGUUCAGUCGAGGUGACACGCAGAGGAUGGGAAACAUUGCCAGGAUCUUCCAUAGGGUCCUUUGUUCUACCACAGCCUCCAGUGUGUCCAAUUUGACUCCGAAAACAGAGCCAGCAUUCUAAUCAGUUUAUUGAGCCUGUUGGCAUCAUCCAUGUUGAUGCCAUUGCCCCAGUACACCACCUCAUAGAAGAGUGUACGGGCAAUAGCAAGAUGGCAGGACAUGUGAAGGAGAGGCCUGCAUAUUCCAAAAGACCUCAGUCUCCUCAGGAAGUAGAGGCAACUCUGGCCCUUCUUGUACACCACCUCUGUGUAGGUUCUCCACUCAAGACUGUCAUCCAGGUGCACCCCCAGGUACCUGUAGGUCCUCACCACAUCCACGUCCUCAUCAUCAAUAGUAACAGGGAUCAAAGCAGUGUUAGUCUUCCUAAAGUCCAUCACCAUUAACUUAGUCUUUCUGAUGCUGUGCUGCAGGUUAUUCAGCUUACAUCAUUUGACAAAGUCCUCCACCAGGGCCCUGUAUGCAUUCUCCCGUCCUCCCUUUAUACACCCAACUAUCGCUGAGUCAUCAGAGGAUUUCUGCAGAUGACAUGACUCAGUGUUGUAUCUAAAGUUCGAGGUAUACAGGGUAAACAAGGAGGGAGCCAGGAACGUCCCCUGUGGGGCCCCAGUGCUACUUACAGCCAUGUCUGACACACAGUUCUGAAACCACACGAACUGUGGUCUGCCAAUCAAGUUGUCCAUUAUUCAGGAUACAAUGGAAGUGCCUACCUGCAUUGAAUGAAGCCUUUCUCCAGCAAUGAGGGCUGUAUGGUAUUGAAGGCACAUGAGAAAUCAAAAAACAUGGUCCUCACAGUGCUGCUUGCUUAUCCAAAUGGGAGUAGGCUCUGUUCAGCAGGUAGGUGACGACAUUGUUGAUUCCAAUAUGUUCCUGGUAGGCAAACUGCAGGGAAUCGAGGUCUGGUCUGACCAGGGGUCAAAGGUGAGCCAGGACUAGGGUCUUCAUGAUGUGUGAGGUCAGUAGUUAUUCAAGACUUUCAAUUAGCUCCCUUGGGUUCUGGGACCAGACUUGAUGUUUUCCACACAGUUUAGACCCCUUCCAGGCUGAGACAGAUUGAAAAUGCACUGGAGACCUCCACACAGCUGCUCAGCACACUCCUUCAGGAUCCUGGGGUUCACACCUACCAAUCCCAAUGCUUUGCCAUGUCAGAGUUUUCCCAGAGCCCUUCUCACCUACUCUGUAGUAACGGUGAGUCCAUGGUGACUGUGGAGUUGGUGGAAGGUGGGAACUGCAGGAGUUGAAGAUCGGGACAUAGCGGAUGGUUUGCGGAGGUGAGGAAGGGAUGUAGACAGUGGUAGCCUAUGUUGUUCAUCAAUGUGUUGAAUUGGCAGGGGAGAGGAAGAAGGAGGGGAGACUUUAGUGCUGAGGGAGCACUGGGGGUCUUGGCACCUGGAUUGGUGUGCUGACGGGGGUGUGGACAGGAGGACAAUUGUUAAACCUAUUGAUAAAUUGGUUUAAGUCAUUCACCCAUUCAUGGCUGCAUUCCAAGGCUCUAUACCGGGGGUCGGCAACCUGCGGCUCCCGAGCCAUUUGUGGCUCUUUCACCUCUGUGCUGCGGCUCCCUGUGGCUUUGGGAAAUAAUUGGUCAGUAUUUAAUUAAAAUGUAUUUUAUGUUAGUUUGUUAGCUUUUGAAAUGUAAUUCUAAAUUUGAAGAUUAUGGUGAUCUUGUACAAUCUAAGUGUGGCGACACAUUUCCUGGCACAUCCGAAACGGCUCACAAUUAGCCAGCAUUCCGGCUAAGGGAGAUAGCCUACGGGGGUUUGUGAGUACGCGUCUUUUGCAGCAUCUGCGUCCAUGGGGGCUGGGUUGAGGGAGGCUUAAAAGUAAGGCUGUUUAGUUCGAAUAAAGUUAUUCGACUGCAGUUUACUGACUGCGUGAGCACACCGCUACAACGUGUUUUUAUCGCUAUUAAUAUACGUCACCACUGCCAAUACCUGACACCCGCCAGUGCGCGAUUUCUUUAAUUUUUCGAUCCAAGGUAAGCCAACUAUGGAGAAUUCUAAAAAAAGAAAAGUGACUGAAGAAAACAGAACGUUUAAUGAUACGUGGACAGAUUCAUUUGCUUUCACUGUUGACGAGACUGGUUUACCGGUAUGCUUAAUAUGCAAUGAGAAACUAGCAAACAACAAAAAGUCAAAUGUCGCAAGGCAUUUCCAGAAUAAACACGCAGCCUUUGCUCAAAAAUAUCCGGAUGGAGAUGAGAGAAAAAAAGCCGUUUCGGAACUGAUGCGGAAGGUUGAUCUGAGCAAAAAUCAUUUCCAGAAAUGGAUGAAGUCUGGAAAAUCAACGACAUACGCCAGUUAUAUUGCCGCUCAGGAAAUAGUCAGGCACGGGAAGCAGUUUACAGAUGGUGAAUAUAUAAAAGAAUCUUUCAUUAAGAUUUCAGAACAUCUAUUCACGGACUUUAAAAACAAGAGUGAAAUUGUGCAGAAAAUCAGGGAUAUGCCCCUCUCUGCAAAGACUGUCAAAGACAGAACCAUAAAAAUGGCAGAAGACAUCACAAGACAGCAAAUUAAAGACAUCAAUUCAGCUGUGGCCUACUCGAUUGCCUGUGACGAGUCUAAAGACAAAGGUGAUAUUGAACAAAUAGCGUUGUUCUGCCGGUAUGUAAACUCUGCCGGGCCACAGGAAGAACUGAUUGAGUUGAUACCUCUAAAAGACCAAACACGGGGGGGAGGACAUCUGUGAGGCUGUCUUGAAUUGUUUAAGAGCCAAAGGAAUAAAGACCACCCAUCUGGUGUCAGUAGCUACUGAUGGGGCACCGAAUAUGACGGGAACGCACAAGGGAUUUGUGGCUUUACUGCAGAAGUCGCUGGACAGAAAGCUGCUGACUUUUCACUGCAUCUUGCACCAAGAGGCACUGUGCGCUCAAACAUUUCCUCCGGAAUGCACAGAAGUAAUGGAUGUUGUCAUUCAGAUUGUCAAUAAAAUAAUGGCAAAAAGUUUAAAUCACCGUCAAUUCCGUUUGUUACUGGACGAGCUGGAAAGCGCAUAUUCUGAUCUCCUGCUGCACAACAAAGUCCGGUGGCUGUCCAAAGGGGAGGUGCUGAAACGCUUUGUCGCGUGUCUGGAAGAAGUGAAAACUUUCCUGGGCAGCAAAGGGCUCACCUUUCCUGAGCUGGAACAGCCAGAGUGGCUGGAAAAGCUACACUUCAUGGUAGACAUGAAAGCGCACCUGAACACGCUGAACACAGCUCUUCAGGGGAAAGGACGCACAGCCCUGCACAUGUUGGAGGAUGUCCUGGCAUUCGAGCGCAAGUUGACAGUGCUUGCCAGAGAUUUACAGAAAGGCACUUUGUCUCACUUCCCCAAUUUGAGAGAGUUCAAACAAGGUCACGACAUGAUAAUUUCGGAGUAUUUACAUUCUGCAAUCAUCGCAAUGCAAACAUCGUUUGGGAAACGCUUCUGUGAGUUCAGAGAGGAAAAAAACACAUUAUCCUUCCCGGUCACUCCCUUAAGCAUCGAUCCUUCCCUACUGAAUACGACUGCAUUGGCAGGUGUGAGUCAACCUGAUCUUGAGAUGGAACUGGCCAACAUAGCCGACAAAGACAUAUGGGUGUCCAGGUUUAGACGCUUGACAGCAGAGCUUGAAGAUGUUGCCCGUCAGAAGGCCGUUCUUGCUCAGAAUCACAAAUGGAGUGAUAUUGAAAACCUUCCAAAACCGGACAAACUUGUGUUCGAAACAUGGAAUGCUAUGCCCGACAUUUAUGUAAACAUGAAAAAGUAUGCGCUUGGAGUCCUGUUGAUCUUUGGAUCCACAUAUGUAUGUGAGCAAGUGUUCUCCAACAUGAACUUUAUUAAAAACAAACAUCGCGCACGCCUCACAGAUGACAGCUUGCGAUCCUGUGUAAAGAUGAAGGUGACGUCAUACAGCCCUGAUGUGCAGACGCUGUGCGCUGAGGUCCAGGAGCAGAAAUCCCAUUAACCAAGUAUGAUAAAUAUUUUAAUUGCCUAUUAUUUUAUGUAUAUUCAUAUUUUUUCAUUGUUCAGUGAAAUAGUCCUUUUAUUUUUCAGGCUGACAGCUGGCUGAUGUUAUUUUUGGUUUGCUGCUGGCGGAAAAUUUAAGUUCGGCGUUUUUCAUAAAUACAAGAAGGACUCAAAUAGACAUUGAGUAUUUUACUUAAAAGUAACUUUCAACCCAACGUCUUUUUUUCGGAGUUCAAAAUGUUUUUGUUGCAUGCAGAAAUGUAAUUUCGUUUUCUCUGCAGGAGUUCAUCAAUUUCAUAAAUGCAACACAUUAUAGUUUGUUUAUACAUAGCAUAAAGGCAAAAAAAACGUUGUAUGCAGUGUUAUUUCAUUUUAAAUGUCAAACGGGUUUUGCGGCUCCCAGUGUUUUCUUUUCUGUGGGAAACGGGUCCAAGUGGCUCUUUCAGUGGUAAAGGUUGCUGACCCCUGCUCUAUACCUAUGCUGAUUGAAGCCAGUGACGUCCUUCAUGCCUCUCCACGCUGCUCGUGUGCUACUCUACCCAGGCUUGCUCUCCAGCUCUCUCCUGUAUUCCUCUUUAGCCACCUUGAUCUGAUCUUACCAGGGUUCUCAGAACAUUCCUAAGCAGCUUUUCAUUUGCAAGUACAAAGAGCUGCAACCAGACUAGAACAAUCUCUCUGGAGCAGAUCUUUAACAACACAGAUAGGAUGUCACUGGGGUACAAAGCCUUUGCUGUAUCAAGUGCAUUCACCUAUU